AUACCCGUAACCUCCUCUUCUCCUCAACGUUUUAUCCCAGUGGGACGAUUGGUGCCGGUGAAUCGUGUGACGGUGCUGUGGCUACUCCUGUACUUGAUGGUGGUCCGUGAAGCUGACUGUAAAAAGCUAUUCCGGAGAUUUGUUUCCUUCUUUUGAGAUUUCUUCGUCGUCCGGAGCACUGGAUCAUGGCAUCGUACAGGAGCUAUAGUGAUACAGGAGCAUAUCGGAGCAAAACCGGCAUUGGUAUUUCUAACACGUUCGGUAGGAAUACUUCCGGCGGAAACAUGCCAAGCUGCAGAAGCGGCUAUUCCGGAGUAGCAUCAAAUUCCAGUCGAAUUGCUACCAAGGAGCGAGCGUACGGUGGUUUUGGGAGCGCUUUUCUCAAGAAAGAUAAACUUGAGGAGAAAAAUACAUUCAAAUAUUCAUAUACCAAAGACGCUGAGAAAAAUCGAUUGCAUUCCGGAAGAUCGUCGUCUGAAGACGUGAGCGUGAAAAGCCCGUCUAGUAGUAGGUCCUCUCUCUUUGAAAAAUACUCGUUUUCAACUGGCAAAACAUCGGAAAGGCCAUCUUCCGUGUUGGACAGAUAUAACCGACCGGCUUCGCGAGGAAAGAGCAGAGAGCCCGAAGGAAUAUCACGAUACGGAUCCGGUACAUAUCCUGGAUCGAGUUUUACACGAAGCUAUAGCAGCGACAGUAGAAUCGAAAAGAAGGAUCACCCGCCAGUCUCUUACAGAGGAUUACGUUCCAAUUCCGGAAAAACGUCACGCGAGCCCAGUCCGGAAGUCGGUGUCGGAAAAGCAAGCUCCUUCAGGAUCUAUUCGAGAGCGUCAUCUUAUAAUCGCUCAGCAGCAUCGCCCAGUACAUCCGAAUCAAGCUCGACUACAAUCUCGACGAGAUUUGGCUCGACAGCUGGUUCACGAUUUCUCUCACCUCGAAGCAAUGAAAGAGUACCUACAACUAUAAAUUAUUCUGCGACGGACAGAUUCCGAAACGCGAGUACCAAGUCUACUAAUCAGAAAGACGAAGAGGAAUCAAGGCUUGCAACUAUCUCUGACAAAGACGGUAAUCACAAAGCGUAUAAUACUUCAAGUCGAAUGGAAGAGGAGGAAAGCAACAAUAGGCUUUCUGACAGCGAAUUUGUGACGCUAACGAUGAUGACCAGAAGUACUUCACCGACACCUCCAGCUUCUUCAUCCUAUGUCAGAAACAAACGGGCGGAAAUCGACAUUGUUCAUCAAAAAGAAGUGACUCGAUCUCGAAAACUGCCGGAUACCAUGGAUGGAGAGACGCAGUGCGAUCGAAUGGAAGAAACAUCGAGAUUCGCGAGGUAUGGAGGCAACAAUAGAAUAUCUGGUGCACCCUGGUCAACGUAUCUAGAUAAAUACUCGUCAUCAGGUACAUCGGUUGGCAGUCCAGCCAUGUAUUCGUCUAGAGGAUUCAAUAAUGCAAACUCUUCCAGUAGUAGAUUCAAUAGCUUCGCGUAUACGAGAACAAACGAAGCUCCGGUGACCACAAGAAAUGAGUCCGCCACCAAAGAGUCAUCGAGUUCUAGUCAGGAAGCUCAUAAUUCUAGCAAUAGAAAUCAAAACGAGAAAGUUCCCAGUGAUUUAAAAUGCACAACUAGCAGUGAAAAUUUAACGUCCAAAGAUUCAAACGUACAAAAUAUUCAUGGCACGAAUAAGGAAAUGAACGAAAGUAGAAUACGAGGUAACGAACAGUGUUCUUGCGGAGGACGGAAAACUGAAGCGAGCGGAAAUUCUUCAGGAUUCGCAGAUAACUCCAGAAUUUUCAACCAGAAUGUUGCAUUUCACCGCAAAGAUGAUUCAAUGGAGGAUUCCCAGGAAAGCAACGGCGGUCGCGAAGAUUGGAGUAGCAGGCAAAGUUCUGUGUCGAGGUGCGAUGAAUAUAACCAAAGAAAGCAGUCUAUUCCGCGGGUUGGACGCGGUUCGCCAAAGAACGAAGUGAAAAUUUCCAAAUGUUCUUCAAAGACUGAAAUAAUAUCAUCGAAACGAGAAGCAUACUGUGAAAGGAGAGGAUCUACUCCUAAAUCUGAUACCAGUUCCUCUUCUAAGACCGAGGAGUCUCUUCGAAUUGUGGAAGGACAUUGUCAAAGUCAAAAUGAAGAAAUUGUUUCUUCAAAACAUAGUACUCCACAGAGAAAAGAUUCUACGUCGAGUAGUUCAUCACAAAGUCGCUCGACACCGCAAUCUCGGAAUGGAUCGAUGAGGAAUAUGUCGCGUCAAAUGACACGUACCGGUUCAUCGGAUGGAUCUGUAAAUAUGCCAAUUGGCAGAUCGAAGUCAUCGUCAACCAGUUCGGUGACGAGUCAGAGUGUAAAAAUAAAGACGACGACGCCGCCAUCGUCCGGCAAGUCAUCCGGCGGUUUGAUCCCGCCAUCAGUGAAUCUACGACAAGGCGGUUCGCCGGACGCGCGCGGCAAACCACCUGUGCCGAAAAACGAUGCUACGACCGCUGCCACGUCGAAGUGCAUCGUGGCAGCGAAGUACGUGAACAAAGAUUUCCGUAAGUCGACCUUGAACAUGGAGAACGGCGAUCCGUCGCGCUCCAAGUGUGCGAGAAGGAAGAAGAGCCAAAAAACUAUCUGUGCCAGCUCCAAGAAUUCCGAGAUGACCACGGAAUACAUUCCCCAGACUGUCUGUUCGGAACCUUCGAUGAAGUCUGGUCAAUCUAGAUUAAUAACUCUUUCGGGAAGAUCAAAGCUCGGAAGGAGCGGUUCAAGUGGCUCGAUGAAAUGGAAGGAAUCGAGAAACGAAUCAAAGUCACCUUGUGGAACGAAAAAGAGGCCGUCUGGGGUAUUUGUGUCUAGCAGCCAGUCGACCUCCACAAAUUCGUCCAGCAGCGAGGAUAAUGAUGAACAUGCAGACAGGUCGGAUUCGAAACGAAGAAGAAAACGAGCGUCAGAAUCACCUAAAUCGCUCGAAAUAAGAGGUAAGAUCAGUGCGGGAUCCUCGAGAACAAGCGUGUUGGCAUCAUCGGCUGAUGAGAUUUCUAUGAUGUCGGAGAAACCACCCAGGCCACCGUCUAGUCCAAGAUCGAAAAGUGAUCGUGCCGCGAAAACGGAAGAAGCCAAAUCGUUUCUGAUGAGAGCGCUAGCACCAGUGACGAAUUUUUUCAAGAACAGAAGUCAAGAAUCGGGUGAUGCAAGUAAAUCAGGUAGUUGGGUUGAUUCCAACGACGAGAAUUACGAAGCCCGUAACAAGUCGGAACAGUCGAUGUCGGCUUCAAAAUCAUUCAGCCAGAGUCUGUCAAAGGGCUCUAGUUUUACUAAUUUCGAGAAGAAUGACGAAAUAAAAAAAAAUAAUACGAGGAUUCAACAUCAAUCUUCUGGCGAAAAACCAUGGUGGCUGGAUUCAAAUUCUGAUAACGUUCCAGAGGGAGUUGAAAAGGCUAAUCGAUGGAACGAAGACGCCAGUCAGGACACAACCAUCAGUAUAGCUUUACCAGAUGAUGGGAAAUGUAAACUCAAAUUUUGGAGACAAGAAUCGGGAGAACGUGCUUGGUGGUUGGACGAUGUUUCAACGGAAGAAACAAAGAGAUCACCCUCAUCGGCAUCUCCCGUAUCGAGACGAGGUUCCAGUCGAGGCAGUUUUCGAUCAGCUGAUCGACGAAACCGCAUCAAGCGUCAGCAGUCCGGUGAACGAGCAUGGUGGAUGAGCGAUGAUCCCGAGAGCGUUCCGGAGGGCGUAGAGGUCAUCCCUGUGGCGUCUCCCGAUAGUCAAAGUGUCGAUAAACCUGAUGGCUUCGAUAACGAGAGCCUCUAUUCUUCAAAGCCGCUUAAAAAGAUUCGGCAUAUUGAAUCCGGGGAGAAGGCAUGGUGGAUGGACAGCUCCUCGAAUGUUCCUGACGGGGUUGUCAGGAUCCCCGUGGAAACUUCCAACAGCACUUCCGACUCCUCCGAGUCGUACGAGAAGAUCGAUAUCGGUGUUAACCCUGAACUUGAGACGCGCAUGAAGAGAAGUCUCUCUAGAUUUCCUAUCGAAUUUCCACCACCACCAUCCGAGGAGCCGUUGGGAGAUCGUGCGAGUCCAGAAGGGAUCGAAAAUCCACCUGACCCGCCGGACAAUUAUGGAGGACGGAACUCACCUUAUGACAAUGUGCCGACACCUCGAAGAUUAUCACCAAGGAAACGACCCUCCACCUUGCCAUUGUUCAUUGGUCAGCAUACUGACAUUGACGACAUGCUCGGUGAUACAGCUAUUCCAUGCCACAGUCCUGUUCUCUCCCGUGUUCGUAAACAGGAACGCGUCGAAGAGGAUAUUUCUGAAAACAGCUCAGAGUGCGAAGAAAUAGAUGCGGCUCAGGUGAUUAUUCAUGAUAGUACACCGAAAACACCGGUGAUUCAACGAAGAAACCGUGAUAAUAAGAGGAUUCAACCCGAUGGCUACAUUCCGCUCGACGACACGGCUCUCCAACUGUACAAGGGCGGAGAUUAUGGCGCUUAUCUGGACCUCGAAGCCUCCAUCAACGAACAGCAGGAGGAGUUCGAGGGCUUCUACGAAGGUGAGAGCCGGAAGAACGCGAUCAUUCUCAGGACUCAGCUGUCCGUGAGGGUCCACACUAUCAUAGAAAAAUUGCUGAACAGCGAGGGCCGCGAGCUGCGACGGGCUCUCUUCUCCCUCAAGCAGAUUUUUCAGGAGGACAAGGAUCUCGUGCACGAGUUCGUACAAAAUGACGGACUUGCCUGUCUUAUCAAAGUCAGCAGCGAAGCCGACCAGAAUUACCAAAAUUACAUUUUACGAGCACUCGGCCAAGUGAUGCUGUACGUUGACGGCAUGAACGGAGUGAUGGAACAUGGACAGACGGUAGAAUGGCUGUAUACGUUAAUUGCAAGUCGUUUUCGGCUGGUGGUGAAGACGGCGCUGAAACUGCUGCUCGUGUUUGUGGAAUACGUGGAAACAAACAGUCUGCUGUUGGUCAGAGCUGUCAGGGCGGUGGAUCAGGCCAGAGGCGUGGUACCGUGGAUUAACGUGAUGAAACUCCUGAAGGAUUAUGAUGCCGCCGAUACGGAGUUGCUUAUAUACGCGACGACAUUGAUCAACAAGUGCUUGAACGGCAUUCCUGAUCAGGACACUUAUUAUGAUCAAGUGGACUGCCUCGAGGAGCAAGGUAUGGAGGGCGUCAUCCAAAGGUACAUGUCGAAGCAGGGAACAGACCUCGAUUUGCUCAGGCAAUUUCAGAUCUAUGAGGCAGUGCUGCAUCACGAAGACGGCGAUAGGGGUUCGCCGAUACGCCAAUUAGAUGACAAUAUAAGAAAGACUUUACGAAACCGAAAAUCUUUAGUGGAUUCUCACGAACGACGAAAAUCUCGGAGACAUUCGACAGGUAAUUCGCCUUUGUCGAUGUCCUUGAAUGCACGUCUAAGUCCACGACUUAAUCAUUCUCUGGGUGUGAGCUCACUGAACAACACCUUGAACUCCAACUUACCAGAUGAUGACGACGAAUCAAGUAGCUCUCAAAGUUCCCACGGUCAUCUGGGUGAAGUUCAACUCAACGGCAGUUAUAAAGAGAAUAAAGUGGAUGUUGGUGUUACACCAGCACUAAGACGGCGAAGGGAACGUGCAGAAAGACAGAGGAGCUUUAUUAGGGAGCAGCAAGAGGCUACUGCAAACAUGAGAGCUUCGCUUGGCCACACCGAUGAUCAGGAAAGUCAGUUCGCAUCGAACAGUCUACGAUACACGAACGGCACCUCUUAUGAGAGAAACGCUGAUUCUCCCUCGAACAAGUUGUCUAGAACGAACAGCAGGAAGGACUUGACGCCCUUGAUGAAUGCGGCGAACAAGCUCGACUCGGAGGAGAAGAAACCGUGGUACGGCAAAAGUCCCAACGAAGGUGUCGAGUACGACGAGAGUAAUCACACUGACGAAGAUGGGGAUCGUCGAGUGGUUCUACAGCUUAAGAGGGAAGGUACCGUCAAGGAUCUCACGCAGAAGUUGGCGGCACAGAAUCUUAUACCUAGCAGUCCUGUGGAGGAGAAAGUUUCCAGAAUAGGAGAUAUGAGCGGGCUGAUUUCGAAGGCGAAGGAGGGCCUGGCAAAGUCCAAAUCAAAGGCGGACGUGCUGAAGUCGCCGACCGGAGACAAUCUGCCCAAGCUGCAGGAGACGAAGAAGUCCGAGAACGAGCUGCACUGGGAGGAACUGGUGAAGAAGCUGAAGAGACCGCUCGCGCUCUGCGACCUCGACUUCACCGAUCUGAAUUCCGACGAUGAGAUCGACGUGCUAGGAUCCGCUAAUGUGACGAACGGAGUGCCACCCCCGCCACCGCCGAUGGCACCCCCGGCUGGAGAUAUUCUGGCACCUCCGCCACCGCCGUUGAACGCGAGACUACCACCGCCGCUUCCUCAGGGUCCGCCACUGCCCUUCGGCGUCAACCUGAAGAUAUCGAGACCGCCGGCCAACGAGGCGCCGAAAAGUCUACCGUCGUUGCUCGCGAAGAAAAGCAAAAAGACUGUGAAAUUGUUCUGGAAGGAGGUACGAGACGAUCCCAAUAUCCUCGCGCGCCUCGACAAACAUAAGAUGAUCUGGGACGAGCUGUCACCCGUAGCCGUCGACACGCAGAAACUCGAGCACCUUUUCGAGAGUCGCGCCAAGGAUCUCAUCACCAAGAAGCAACAAGAAAUGAACAAGAACAAGGAGAUUAUCGUGCUGAAUCACAAAAGGUCCAACGCCAUCAAUAUUGGUAUGACAAAGCUGCCACCACCGAGAUCCAUUAAAACUGCGAUCCUAAAAAUGGACGCUACAAUCAUGAAUAGAGAGGGUAUCGAGAAACUUUUGACGAUGCUGCCAACUAAGGAAGAAAAGUCCAGGAUACAAGAAGCGCAGGCCGCCAAUCCUGAUCUUCCUUUAGGAUCGGCUGAGCAAUUUCUUCUGACUUUGACCUCCAUCUCGGAAUUGCCAGCAAGACUGAAGCUCUGGGCGUUCAAAUUGGAUUUCGAAAAUUCUGAGAAAGAAAUCGCGGAUCCUUUGAUGGAUCUCAAGCAAGGUAUGGAGACCCUGCGUGUGAAUAAAACGUUCCGUGGGAUUCUGAGCACGCUUCUUUCGAUCGGGAUAUUUCUCAACGGAAAUGAGGUGAAGGGCUUUCAACUAGAAUACCUCGUCAAAGUACCUGAAGUGAAGGAUACAGUUCACAAGCAUUCGCUGCUUCAUCAUCUCUGCCACAUGGUGAUGGAGAAGUUCCCGGAUUCUACGGACCUUUAUUCCGAGAUCGGCGCGGUAACGAGAGCCUCGAAAAUCGAUUUCGACGAGCUGGCGGCGAACAUCGCGAAACUCGAGAGCGAGUGUAAAGCGUCUUGGGACCAUCUCAAGCUCAUUGCGAAGCACGAUGGUUCCACAAUGAUGAAGGUCAAGAUGUCUGAUUUUCUUGCCGAUUGCGCCGAGAGGAUAAUCGUCUUAAACAUCGUACACAGACGCAUCAUAAAUCGUUUCCGGAAAUUCAUCUUAUGGCUCGGUAUACCAUUGCACAGAAUACAAGACACGAAACCGAACGAGUUUUGCAGGAUUGUAUCCGAAUUUGCUUUGGAGUAUAGAACCACCAGGGAGCGAGUGAUACAGCAGCUCGAGAAGAAAGCCAAUCAUCGGGAACGCAAUAAGACCAGAGGAAAGAUGAUAACGGAGGUCGGCAAGUUUCGCACAAAAGAGGAUCGGGCGGACGCGGAACUCAGACAACUACUUGGCAGUGACAUUUCAGAUGUUGAGAGUAUUCACGGUACUUUACCAUGGCGAAGACAAAGGAAAGACGGACGUAUAAUUCCACUGGGUCCGGUGCUCAGAGAUGAAAGCAGUAACGGUAAUUUGGCUGAUGGUGUUGACGAGCUGUUGGAGUCUCUGGUAAAAACCGCGACGAAAACACCAGCCACGAGAACCACGCCACGCGAGCGCAAGAGGACCAGACACGCCGAUCUGAAGCGAUCGCGCACCCGAGAGAACAACACUACGCCGGAGGGGUAUCAACCCUGAUGGGCCAGGUUUCGUGAUCUCUGCGAUUAAGUGCGUAGAACGCUAAAGAACGGUCUCUCAGAGGAGGAGAAAAAGCACAUCGCCGCCUACAUCAAGGGCUACUGACUGUGAUAAUACUCGAAGAUCACGACAUGCUCUCACGAAAAACGUGGGACGAAGGGAGACGUCGACAUCGCGAAGGGGCAGAAGCUCGGUGAAAACAUCGCGAUCCCCGUCGAGAUCUCGGCUAUAGGAUCCUGUCCGCCGUUUUAUUAUCAGGAUGCUCCAAAGUCGAAUGACACGACUCCGUGACAUGUCGUCGAGUUUGAUACUCGCGUUAAGCCCCUCGCGUGCACUUCGUGCAUAUGCACCUCUGUCAUUCGAUUUAUCAAGAAAUAAUAAGUAAAGGAAUAAUGAAAAAAAAAUGUGUCUCGUCUGAAUGAAUUAGGCAAAUAUUAAUCGGUGAUUUAGGCUUAAGAAUGAUUAAGUGAAUGGGUUCCUCUUCGCGUCGUUCGCGUGCAAAGGAAGAUAUCUCUUAUGUACUAGAGACUCUAUAAGAAUUUCUCUACCUUUUGUAGAUUUCCUAGUUAUGUCUCUCUGUCUUGUAGGGAAAUUUCUGUGUUUCACGAAACAAACUUUCUUUACUUCUAAAAUUUCUGAAAACUUUCACGACGUGGUUUCGUAGGAUUUUCUCUAUGUUGUCUUAUUUUCUUGUUGAAAGUUAUACGCGCGUUGCUUACAUAUGUAUUUUAGAUAUUAUACGCGAUCGGAGGUGAUAGAAAUGAAUAAAUAAGAAAAUGAGAUGCUGAGUUGUUGAGUAAUCAAUCGAUCAGCUGAUAAUCGGCACAUUUGAAUUCGGUUACGGCCUAGUCAUCUCGUAGAGAAAUAAAUUGAAAGAAAUUUGAGUAGGAAUUGCACUCAUUGUGGAACAAUUAUAGAAACAAUUGAGAAUGAAAAAGAGUUAUUUUAUUAUUUUGCGUGUAUAAGAAGUAUCGUGUUGCCUACAUAAUAGAGCAUAUAUAAUAAAAAGCAUUUUUAAUAAAAGAAUGCUUAUAAAUAAUGAUAUAUGCUGCAUAUGUGCGAUUUAAGCUGACAAAGUGUUGCAUCUGAUUAUG